CUGAACAGCCCACGGUGUAGGCGGGGAAGCGGAAGCGGGCGGCGCUUUGGCUGACUGGGGCUUGUCAUCCUUGUGAUGGGGACCGGGUUUUUCUUUCCCGGGAACCCGCAGGCCUUCUGGUGACCGCCACUACCGUCGCCUUGGAGCGUGGGUCUCAGACCCUGGACGGCUGUGGCGGACGCGGCAUUUCCCCGUCAUUCCAGACGCUGUCUGGCGAGAUCGGACGAGUCUCCAGAGAAGAACACAAAUCUGCUGACACCUUGAUUUCAAUUUUGAGAACUCAUUUGAGCCACACUAUGCCUGAACAUCUGACCCACAGAAACUAUGAGAUAUGAUCCAGUCCUCUGCGUGAAUUACUUUGGUUAGUCAGAGUGAAUAUUCAAUAAUGAGUGGUGCAGCUUUGGGACUCGAGAUUGUUUUUGUCUUUUUUUUGGCAUUAUUCCUACUUCAUCGAUAUGGAGACUUUAAGAAACAGCAUAGACUUGUAAUUGUUGGAACACUGCUAGCUUGGUAUCUCUGCUUUCUUAUUGUCUUCAUACUGCCUCUGGAUGUUAGUACGACAAUAUACAACCGGUGCAAACAUGCUGCUGCAAACUCAAGCCCUCCUGAGAAUAGCAACAUUACAGGAUUGGACUCACCUCCUACCCCAAUUCCAAGCCAUCAUCCGUGUUUCAAGCCAUGGAGUUACAUUCCUGAUGGAAUCAUGCCAAUUUUCUGGAGGGUAGUAUAUUGGACAUCACAAUUUUUAACAUGGAUUCUGUUACCUUUUAUGCAGUCAUAUGCAAGAUCAGGAGGGUUUUCCAUCACUGGAAAGAUAAAAACUGCACUGAUUGAGAACGCGAUCUAUUAUGGCACCUAUUUGCUGAUUUUUGGAGCAUUUUUAAUUUAUGUAGCUGUAAACCCACAUUUGCACUUAGAAUGGAACCAGCUUCAGACAAUUGGGAUAGCUGCUGCAAAUACAUGGGGUCUAUUUCUUCUUGUGCUAUUGUUGGGGUAUGGCUUGGUGGAAAUUCCUCGGUCAUAUUGGAAUGGAGCAAAAAGAGGUUAUCUACUUAUGAAAACUUAUUUUAAGGCAGCCAAAUUGAUGACAGAGAAAGCAGAUGCAGAAGAGAAUUUGGAAGAUGUAAUGGAGGAGGUUCGUAAAGUGAAUGAAAGCAUCAAGUAUAACCACCCAUUGAGAAAAUGUGUUGACACAAUACUUAAAAAGUGUCCUACAGAAUACCAGGAAAAAAUGGGUAGGAACAUGGAUGAUUACGAAGAUUUUGAUGAAAAGCAUAACACCUACCCAAGUGAAAAGAGUCUGGUGAAACUACAUAAACAGGUUAUUUAUUCAGUUCAGAGGCACCGUCGAACUCAAGUACAAUGGCAAAUUCUUUUGGAACAAGCAUUUUAUCUAGAAGAUGUUGCAAAAAAUGAAACUAGUGCUACUCAUCAGUUUGUUCACACCUUUCAGUCACCAGAGCCAGAAAAUAGACUUGUCCAAUAUUUUUAUAAUCCUACAGUUGAAUGGUACUGGGAAUGUCUUUUGCGACCAUGGUUUUAUAGAAUACUUGCUGUGGUUCUGUCUAUCUUCUCUGUGAUUGUUGUGUGGUCAGAAUGCACAUUCUUCAGCACUACACCAGUCUUAUCCCUCUUUGCAGUCUUCAUACAGCUGGCUGAAAAAACAUACAAUUAUAUUUAUAUCGAGAUUGCUUGCUUUCUUUCCAUCUUCUUCCUAAGUAUCUGUGUUUAUUCUACUGUGUUCAGGAUUCGUGUCUUUAACUAUUAUUACUUGGCUUCACAUCAUCAGACUGAUGCUUACAGCCUUCUUUUCAGUGGCAUGUUAUUUUGCCGUUUGACUCCUCCUCUAUGUCUUAAUUUCUUGGGUUUGACCCAUAUGGAUUCAUCCAUCUCUCACAAGAAUACACAGCCAACUGCUUAUACAUCUAUUAUGGGUUCCAUGAAAGUUUUAUCCUUUAUUGCAGAUGGAUUUUAUAUAUAUUAUCCUAUGUUGGUGGUAAUUCUCUGCAUUGCUACUUAUUUUAGUUUGGGAACUCGUUGUUUAAAUCUACUUGGCUUCCAGCAGUUCAUGGGAGAUAAUGAUAUGACAUCAGACUUGGUUGAUGAAGGAAAAGAAUUAAUCAGACGAGAGAAGAGAAAAAGGCAAAGGCAAGAAGAAGGCGAACACCGAAGAAGAGAAUGGAAAGAACGUUAUGGACACAAUAGAGAAGAUUCCACUAGAAACAGAAAUGCUCAUAUUGACCCAAAAGAGUCAAACUUCUCAGAUAUAAAUACCAACCGAUCGGUAUCCAAAUAUACCAGAGCUAAUAAUAGAACUGAAAGGGACAGAAUAGAACUCCUACAAGAUCCAGAACCUAUGGAUUUUAAUGCAGAAGCAUUUACUGAUGAUCCUCUUGAAUCUGAAUCAGGAAGGUAUCAGCCUGGUGGACGAUACCUCUCAAUGUCUCGCAGCAGAAUAUUUGAUGAUGUUUAAAGUCUGAAAGGAUUUAUGGAAUAACCAAAAUCAACACAUCAGUUCAGUCUUUAUGGACAUCUGUAUACCCUAGAGUUUACACUGUAUUCUCAGUAAAAAGUGUCAGGAUAAAAAAGGCACUGACAAUUAAUCACAUAUUAGUAAUAAUGGUUUAUUAUUAAUUGAAUAGAAUAUCAUCUUUUCGAAUAGGAUUUAUUACAUACCAUUCCUGAAGUGUCUGCCUUAGAAGUACAGUUACAGUGGAAGGAUUUAAUUCAUGAUAAAGAUCAGUAUGUCUGGAAAACAUGUAGGUCAGUUUGUUUCAGAUUUUUCUUCCCCAGGAAAACUGUUUUAAAGAUCCAAGGAAGCCAUAAGUCAAACUAAAUAAUAUUACACGGUUUUAUUAUUUUGAUUUACAUUUUUGCUGUUUCUAAAGAAUACGUUAAUCCUGUAUUUCCCAAAGAAUUGGAGACCUCAAAAAAUAACUAUAUU